UAUGCUGCGGAUCAAAGCGGGACGUGUUCUUAUCACUCAAACUGUGUUGUCUAAAGUAGGACUGGUUGUGGAUCUGUCUCUGAGGAAUGGCUUACCACAGGCAUGCAGGGCCCAGCAGUUACACUGUGGGCACCAUGUCAGAACGCUUCGACUGCCACUACUGCCGUGACCCACUACAUGGGAAGAAGUACGUGCAAAAGGAAGGCCGUCACUGCUGUGUCAAGUGCUUUGAGAAGUUCUGUGCAAACACCUGCGCGGAGUGCAGAAAACCCAUUGGGGCUGAUUCCAAGGAGCUGCAUUUCAAGAACCGCUACUGGCAUGACAGCUGCUUCCGCUGCUUCAAGUGCUACACGUCUCUGGUGAAUGAGCCCUUCAUGCUGAAGGAGAACAACAAGGUGUGGUGCAGCAAGUGCACCACCCUGGAGGAGGCGCCCCGCUGCAAGGGAUGCCUGAAGCCCAUCGUUGCAGGUGAUCAGAACGUGGAGUACAAGAAGACUGUCUGGCACAAGGACUGCUUCACUUGCAGCCAGUGCAAGCAGGUGAUCGGCACAGCCAGCUUCUUCCCCAAAGGAGAUGAAAUCUACUGUGUCUCCUGCCAUGAGCAUAAGUUUGCCAAGACCUGUGUGAAGUGCAAGAAUGCCAUCACUUCUGGAGGAGUCUCCUAUGAGGAUCGGCCUUACCAUGCAGAGUGUUUUGUGUGUGCCACCUGCACGAAGAAGCUGGGCGGCCAGCGCUUCACGGCUGUGGAAGACAUGUUCUAUUGUGUUGAUUGUUACAAGAACUUUGUUGCCAAGAAGUGUGGCAGCUGCAAGAACCCCAUAACAGGUUUUGGGAGAGGCUCCAAUGUGGUCAGCUAUGAAGGUCGAUCCUGGCAUGAUUAUUGUUUCAACUGCAAGAAAUGUUCCAUCCCAUUGGCUAAUAAGCGUUUUGUCUUUCAAAACGAGCAAGUUUACUGCCCUGAUUGUGCCAAGAAGCUGUAAGGGAUGAUCACAGGGGAUCUCACCUGGGGCCCUUGCUGCAGAGUGGAUUUUAAACCUUACCCCCAGAUAUGUUGUGCUGCCUGGCUAUGAAUUUCACACUUUAGAUGCCCACUCGCACUUGCUUUUUAAAGGAAACGUAGGGUAAUCUCUUCUCUCUAGCCCUUCCUGCCUCCUUCCUGCUGCUGGUGGGGUUAAAUAAAGCCUCUGUUGUAACAUCUUAGCUGCAGAUAACUUCGCUUUCUUGCACUUCUUAGGAUGCCACUUGAAAUUUAGGGUAGAGCCUUGCCUGUCUCAAUAUAUUUACUUACUGCCUGUUCUGCAUGAUGGUUGAGCAAAGGCAACCAACGCUGAUAAAGAACUAACAGUGGAGUGUCUUGUAAAAGGUGGGUGGAUUCACAUGGCUACUUUUCAAGAGGACUUGCUGGUCUCCCUUUCAUAGGGCAGUUCCAAUAAACAGAGCCUUGGGAAUGAGUGAACUCCUGCCUUUCAAGAAUUGCAGACCAGUGCCCUUUACCGUAAACCAAACGUUAUUUUUAAAGUGUUGUCUUUCCUUUUUUUUUGGAUGCACGUUCCUGUUGAUUUGUCUAGAACCCACUUGUGGUACCCCACCGAACUGUAAAACACUGAUUUCCGAAGUGUAUGAUUGUAGUAUGUGCCUUGUUUCAAAAACAUUCCUGUUCUACUGAGCAGAGAUUGCUGCCUCUAGGGAACAGACUCUCUGUUUUGUAUAAACAUCCUGUUUUUACAGCAGUGAGCCCCAGCAGCUCCAUCUUAAUCUGUUUUUACUGACAGAUCCUCUCCAUGUAUCCAUCCAUUCAAGGUGCUUCAGUGAUGGUUCAUGGCUACUUUUACUGUUAUGAACGGUUGUUGCUGCUACCACCACCUGCUUUCCUUAAUUACUCUUUUGUAGGAGAUAGGAGGGUUAUGGGGAUGCUUUCUGGGAUACUGAUCUUCCCAACCUGUACUGUGUGGGUCUUUGGUGAUGGCACCAAGGAAGGGGUCAAGGAAGAGAGAACAGGAAGACUUCCAAACAGUCAGAUAGCAUAAGAAGUAUUUUCCUUAGCUUGAAGAUUUACCGGUCAAUUCUUUCUAAUUUAUUAAGGUACAGCUAAGGAGAAAAGAGCAGCUAAAAGGCAGUUUCUAGCUGUCUACACAUUUAGAAAUCUGGGAAGGUCAUAAAACGUUUACUGAAUCCAAGUAAAGAGCAUCAUCAUAGGCUCCAAGGAGGUUAUAUUCCCCCCCACCACCCAAACAUAACACUUUUUUUGUGAACUUUGAGGCAUCCUGGAGAAAGGUGGUGGGGAUGAAGAGAAUCACUAGCAGAGUACCUCCAGGGGCAGAGAAUAGUCACUCUACUACACAACCAUCUUUGUUCAGCAAGGCUUUGAGUGUGUUAGAAGGAACCUUCACUCACAUGAGAUAAUUGCCUGGGCUGAUCGUUGGGUGGUGGUUAGCGAUUCCUGACGGAAUCAGAGCAGACAAUAGAUUUUUGCCUACUGUCAUGACAUAAACCACGAACUCUUGUAUCUAACUUAAAAAUGGGGUGUCAUCACAGUUCCUCCCAGAUCCUCUUUGCCAGCCUUUGACUCUUUGGAUUUCAGCUUGCUUUCAGCUGCACUCCCGCAAUCCCUGGACAUGCUAGAUGAGAGGCAAACAGGGCAAGUUAACUUACUCCUCAGAUUAUGCCAAUAACAGGGACAUCAGCUAGUCAUCUUGCAGGGGAUAAAAAAAAUGGCCAUUGGACUCCACCCUCCAUGGAAACUAGAUUUAAGUUUUACACUUUCAUUAAGCAUGCCUUUAUAAUAAUCCAUAGACAGCUAAUAGGAAUAUUAAACAUGUUUUCUUAAAUCUACUGUUGAAAAUACAGGAUAACAAUUGUAUUUGUAGUACUCAGCUUUGUUUAAGUGGCACCUGCCCUUUAUGGUUGUCGCUACUGAUGUUAGAAUAAGCUAGCCAUAAACGUAUUUAGGAAGCUUACUCCUUUAACUUUGCUGGAUGGCCCUGCCUUGGUUUUUGUACUUCACUAUGCCUUCUACAGAGGCUUUCAUCAUUCAUUUUCUGUAGAAGAUGUUUGCCUGGGUAGCCUGCUGGGAAGAUGAGAACACUAUGCAGGUGGACUAGAGGAGGGUGGUGUGGUUGCAACCAUGUGUUAUCCCAUGGCAUUUCCUUCAUCAAUAAACAGAUCACUACUUGCUUGGA